AUGGUUCAUAAACAAUGGCUGUUUGCAUUUCUUAAUUCUUAAUCUACAAAAACACGUCUUUUCCCCUCCCUCUCGUAAGGACUAAACCCAUAAAAUCCCACCCCCUAACACAAACCCUUAACAUCAUUCAACCCAAAACAUCAAUCUCAAUUCUCAAAACAUUCCUAACAGAAACCUAGAAAACCCAUCACAAAUCAAUCAAUAAUAAUCAUAAUUAUCAGUAAUCAAACCACCAUUAAACCCUUAAAUUAAUCACCACCAUAAAUGGGUCACAUACCAUCCCAUCACCACCAUCACAAACUCCCUAAACGAAUCAUACUAGUCCGCCAUGGCGAAAGCCAAGGUAACCUUGAUUCUAAAGCAUACUCAACAACUCCCGAUCACAAGAUCCCACUUACUCCUCAAGGUAUUUCUCAAGCUCGUGUUGCUGGUCAAUCAAUCCGACAAUUACUAGAUGCUUCUUCUUUUGACGCUAAUGCCGCCUCUGCUUGGCGAGUCUAUUUCUACGUUUCACCAUAUGAGAGGGCCCGAUCAACUCUUAGAGAGAUCGGAAGGGCAUUUCCUAGAAAGAGAGUUAUUGGUGUUAGAGAAGAGUGUAGGAUUAGAGAACAGGAUUUCGGGAAUUUUCAAGUGCAAGAAAGAAUGACGGCUAUCAAACAAACUAGGGAAAAAUUUGGGAGAUUCUUUUAUCGAUUUCCUGAAGGUGAAUCUGCUGCUGAUGUUUAUGAUCGUGUUUCAAGUUUCAUGGAAUCAUUAUGGAGGGACAUAGACAUGAGCCGACUUCAUCAUGACCCUGACCAUGAACUAAACCUUGUAAUAGUAACACACGGACUAUUAUCACGAGUCUUUCUGAUGAAGUGGUUCAAGUGGACAGUUGAACAGUUUGAACUCCUCAACAAUCCGGGAAACUGUGAGUAUCGAAUAAUGGAAUUAGGCGAAGGGGGAGAGUACAGCCUGGCUAUUAACCAUUCAGAGGAAGAGUUGCUGGAAUGGGGGCUCUCUCCUGAAAUGGUAGCUGACCAGAAGUGGAGAGCCCACGCUAAGAAGGGCGAAUGGAAUGAAAAUUGUAGUUGGUACCUUGAUGGUUUCUUUGAUCAGCUUGAAGAUCCGGAUAGUUCAGAAGAUGGGUCUAAUGUCACCGAAAAAUGUGGUCAGACGGGAAAACUUGAAAGGAAUCACAAUAUUUAUGUUGAAGAUGAACAUAACCCUCUCGAAUCUUGAACACUUGAUUCAAAUUGUACUGGCUGGUGCUUCAUUGCUUGUAUAUUUUUUGACACAAAUUGUUGUAUGAGACGGUCUCUCCGAGAGACGCAUCUUAUACAUGCUUUAAGUAGCCCAUCUCAUACAUAUUAUGAGAAUUUAUACAUGCUUUAAGUAGCCUAUCUCAUACAUAUUAUGAGAAUAUAGGUUCCUUGUUUGAGGUGGUGUUACCAGGAGAUGGUUUUUCACAAGAAUAGCUCUAUAUAAUUCCCCUUUUGAUCAAAUUUCUCACAAAAGCUGCUUACCGUGUCACUUGAUUAAUUGAGUUGAAUUUGGGAUGUUCAAUCCAUGUUCAGCCCCCAGUUUAUUGUAUUCUUUGUUUAGAAUUUGCUACACUAUUGUAUCUUGCUCUGUUUUGUUUCUUCUUCUGUAAUGUAUUUCUCUCACUGCUGAAGUGUUUGGCUGCACUUCCUGGUAAAUAACUGGAAAUGUUGUGUGUAAUUUUGGUACGAUUUAUUAAGGUGUAUCGGGUUGGAAGC